AUGUGUUCAAUUCCUGGUCUUCCAACGCCACGAUCAGAAGUACCUGUGCUCAUCCGAAGGGUUAACCUAAACUCCAAUUGUGGUCUUGUGGAAUUAUGGGUUAACAUGGACGAUGGAAGGGAGCAGAUGGGAGAGGACAUUCAGAUUCCUAAACAGAAGUUUUGUGGAUCUGAAGGAAAACCAGGGGACCUCUGUCUGGUUUGCGUGAGUGACACCUGGCACAGAGCUCGGAUUGUAUCGAUUCAAAGUGAAAUUUACAAUGUUUUUCUAAUUGACCAGAAACUGCCUCAUGUCACCACAAGUGAAGCUUUAGCAUGGCACCAGUCUGACAGUUUUCUCCUUCCUCCUGAGAUUGAAUCGUGCAUACUUUCAAAUGUCAUCUCUGUUGAGAAUAACUGGCCUGAAAGUGCCACAAAGUUUUUGAAGUCUCUGCCUGGCAAAAAGUUUAAGGGACUGGUCCAACAUGUGCUGAUGCCAGACAGAAUCAUUCUCCUUGACAUACCAAUUGUUUCCAAGCACAUCUGUAAGUGUGGGGCUGCAAAGAAGAUACCAGUGGAUGAGUUUAAAUGCCUUGUUCUGAAAUCUCUUCAUUUCCCCAAAGAAAAGUAUUCUGAGGCCUACCACAUAAGGCAGGAACAGAGUCUGAAUCUCAGUUGCCUGAUUGAGAAGCAUGACCAAUACUUUUACCCAGAACUGUUAACUGACACUUUUGAAACUGUUAACGUGACAGAGGUAACUAAUCCACAGAAAAUCUUUUGCAAACUCCUAAUUUUUUCCAAGGCAGUUGAGUUAUUAUCAGAACAGAUCCACCAGCACUAUGAAGAGAGCUCAGAUUUAGGAGAAGUGCAACCACAAAUCUGCGGGGAUCCAUGUGCCGCAAGAGGGAUAAACGGCAGAUGGCAUCGCUCGUUACUAAAGCAAAACAUGACUAGCGAUGGUGCUGUAGAGGUCUUGCAUGUCGAUCAAGGAAAAACUGAAUUAGUCCCAGUUGGAAACAUCAAACCACUACAUGGAAAAUUCCUAAGAAUGCCAGUUUUCACAUAUCCCUGUUCCCUUGAUGGUGUAAUUGGUAAUGCCACAGAGUGGACUACAGACCAGAUUGAUUACUUGAAAUUACUGCUUUUGCACCAGACUGUCGUGGUAAGGUUUCUCCACCACAAUGUACCACAAGAUGUCUAUUAUGUUGCUCUCCAUGCAACGAAUGCCGCAUCCAAAAAUAAUUGUUUCGCUGAACAAGAUUCAAAUGUCCAGAAUGAACCCAUUCCCUCACCAUUUCUGAGUUCAGUUGGAGACAAAAGUCACGUGGAUGUACAGAACAACAUCAACAUAAAUCAUGAUGGUUUACAAGUGGAAAGUUUGCCAAGCAACAAGAACCUUGCAGUCAAUGGCAGGACAGAUGAUGUAUCCACUUCUACCACUGAUGAAAUUCAUGUCAGACAUGGCUCAGAACAUCAAAAUCCUCUAGUACAGAGUAAUGGGCAUGGUUCAGCAAGACUUCCAUCUUUGAUGCAAACUGCUUCUGAUGACGACGUGUUUAUUGUAGGAAAUACUGUCAAUGUAAAUAUAUCUUGCAUUGAAAGUCUACAGAAGUUCUGGUGUCAGACAACAGAAAAUGCUGACUCUCUUAGACUCCUUAUGCAAGACCUGCAAAGCCACUAUGCAUCUGCCCACCCUCAGCCUCUUGUUGAGUCUGUCUGUGUCGCCCGUAAUCCAAACAAUGGCAUGUGGUACAGGGCAAGGAUCAUUGCAAAUCACCACUCCCCUGUUGUAGAUGUGAGAUUCAUAGACUACGGUCAAACUCAAAAAGUCCCUCUCAUAGAUGUGCGCCCCAUUGAUCCAGUUUUCUUACGACUGAAUGCACAGGCUUUUCAAUGCUGUUUAUUCAAUCUGAAGAAUCUCACUAAUCCCACUGCCAUCACAUCGACUGAUGUUGCAUUAACAGAGUUUCAGAAGUUUGUGGAUUUAGGUUCAUCAAAGAUUGGAUUGAAAUGCACUGUAAAAGCUGUAACGUCUGAUGAAGAAGGUCUGCUGCUUAACAUGGUAGACAUUGAAUCACCAUCUGACAGCACAUGCAAGCUUCUGGCUCAGAGUUGUGCACAAGAUGAAGCUCAUGUGCAAAUUCCUCCACAGGCCCCAUUGGAUUCAUAUAGUUACUCCACUCAUAACAUGGAGGUUGGUGGGAAAGAAAUAGUGUGGAUAACCUAUUCAGAGAAUGUCAAUCACUUCUACUGCCAACUGGACAGGAAUUCUCAUUUAUUUGAAAAAGUGAUGGAAAAUGUUCACCAACACAUUGGCCAGCGACAGUGCACAGUUAACUUAUUUGGACUUAAUAGCAUUUGCUUUGCUAGGUUCUCUGAUAAUAAUUGGUACAGAGCUCAAAUAGUAGAAAUGUCUCCAAAACUUACAGUGCACUUUGUAGACUAUGGUCAUACCCUUGUAGUGAAUGAAUCUGAUAUUUGCCCCUUUCCCACUGAAGCAAGCAUCGCCAGGUCUGUUCCUGUGCAGGCUAUUCCACUUGGACUAUUUGAUGUUCCUGAAGAAGUGCCUCAGGAAGUCAACCAGUGGUUUACAGAUCAUGCUGUUAACUGUAGUUUGACCAUUUCAGUGGUAGCAAAAGGGGUAAAAGGGAAGCUAAUUGUUGAACUUUUUGAUGGAUCUGUGAAUGUAAAUGCAAAAGUCAGGGAGAGGAUAUCACAGAUAACACAACAAAAGAUGACUGGUCUUGUUCAGCAGACUGACCAGCAACUCUCUAACAUCUCAAAACAUGUUAAUGUGCCAAAUGAAGACGGUUCCAUGCAAGAGAUCAUAAACAUGUCAGAAUUAACAAAGAUGACAGAAGAAAAUAAAGCCCACAGCAGCAAUGGGAUGUGUGAUAGAUAUGAGCCCAGUAUGAGUUCACAACCCAUAAGCAAUGUCUCAGCAACAGAAUUUAGACAUGAAAAGACUUUAGAAGAAGGAAGAAAACCAACUUCGGAUGUCACUCUUGAGGACACAGAAACUGUGUUGGCAGAGACUUUCAUAGAAGGUCAACACAGUGACUCAGACAUGACACGACUUUCCCUUCCUUCGUGCCUCGAGGGAAAUGUGAAAAUCUGCAUGUACAAGAGGCCGGACAUUUCUCUCAACAAGACAGAGGAGGUAUAUGCUUCCUGCAUUGUGAAACCCCAUUUCUUCUGGUGUCAGUAUGCCAACUCAGAGGAGCUCAACAAAGUAUCGAGGCUUGCUCAGGAAGCAGGAUGGGCACAGCAGAACAUAAUGUUCACCCAGACUUUGUGUCCUGGCAGUCCAUGUCUUGCUCUUUUUUCCAGUGAUAACCAGUGGUAUCGAGCUCAGGUAAUUCGGAGCACCGAAAAUACACUCAGUGUUGUAUUCAUCGACUAUGGAAAUGAGUCUGAUGUUGACAUCAAGAAUGUGAGACCACUGCCACAGUGUCUACUGGAGAAGGCCCCUCAAGCCUUUUUGUGCUCUUUGAUUGGAUUUGAUGAGUCCAAGGGCUCUUGGGAUGACGAUGUUCACGAUGACUUCUACAAUCUUUUGGUUGAUAAACAACUCAGAGUCACAGUGUUUAAGAUGGAAGACCACUCAGAGAUUGCAGUUCCUACAUAUGCAGUUCAACUAGAGUGUGAAAAUAUAGUUGUAAAUGAUGCAAUGCAGAAAUACUGGAAACCAGUUGCCACUGAACAUGCUAUGACAGAAAACCCUCAAACAGGAAACCUACUCUACAGUGGUCAAAUUGAGUCCAACAUGACACACGGUAAUGUUUCCAAAGGAAGUGUGACCACUUGCAUAUACAAGAAUCCAAACAUUUCCAAAAACAAAAAAGUGGAGGUAUAUGCUUCUUGUAUUGUGGAACCCCAUUUCUUCUGGUGCCAGUACGCCAACACAGAGGAGCUCAACCAAGUGUCAAGGCUUGCUCAGGAAGCAGGACAGGCAAAGCAGGACAUUAAGUUCCCCGAGACCCUUGGUCCUGGCAGUCCAUGCCUUGCUCUGUUUCCCAGUGAUAACCUGUGGCAUCGAGCCCAAGUAAUUCACACAGGUGACGAUGCAUUCCAUGUUGUGUUUAUUGAUUAUGGAAAUGAGUCUGAUGUUGACAUCAAGAAUGUGAGACCACUGCCUCAGAGUCUGCUGGAGAAGGCUCCUCAGGCCUUUUUUUGCUCUUUAAAUGGGUUUGUCAAGUCCAGGGGCUCCUGGGUUGAUGAAGUUUACGAGGACUUCUACAAUCUUCUGGUUGAUAAACCUCUCAAACUGACAGUGUUCAACAUGGAAGACCACUCAGAGACUGCAGUUCCUCAGUAUGCAGUGGAAAUUGAGUGUGAGGGAGUGGUUGUAAAUGUAGCAAUGCAGAAAUACUGGAAACCAGUUGCCAAAGAAUGUGUUUUGAUAAACGGCCCUAAAACAGAAACUUUCCUCCAAGAUGGUCAAACUGAGUCCAACAUGACACACCUCAGUGUUUCCAAAGGAAAUAUGAAUACAGACAUGUACACAGAGCCAAACAUUUCCAAAAACAAGAUGGAGAUGGUAUACGCCUCUUGUAUUGUGGAACCCCAUUUCUUCUGGUGUCAGUACACUGACACAGAGGAGCUCAACAAAGUGUCAAGGCUUGCUCAGGAAGCAGGACAGGCACAGCAGGACAUUAAGUUCCCCGAAACCCUUGGUCCUGGCAGUCCAUGCCUUGCUCUGUUUUCGAGUGAUAACCAGUGGUAUCGAGCUCAAGUAAUGCACAAAGCUGACAGUGCAUUCCAUGUUGUGUUUAUUGAUUAUGGAAAUGAGUCUGAUGUUGACCUCAAGAAUGUGAGACCACUGCCCCAGAGUCUGCUGAAGAAGGCUCCUCAGGCCUUUUUUUGCUCUUUGAGUGGAUUUGAUGAGUCAAAGGGCUCCUGGGUUGAUGAAGUUUUUGAGGACUUCUACAAUCUUCUGGUUGAUAAACCUCUCAAACUGACAGUGUCCAACAUGCAGAACCAUUCAGAGAUUGCAGUUCCUCAAUAUGCUGUGCAAAUAGAGUGUGAUGGAAUGGUUGUAAAUACACUGAUGGAAAAAUACUGGAAAGGACUGGACACAGACCAUGCCUUGGCAGAAAGUGUGGCACCAGCUCUGGACCCAGACCCAUGUGAAAAUCCAGCUGUGACAGAGCAGUCUCCAUUUCUUUGA